AUGAGGCUCUGUCUCUCUGGGUUACUCUUCCUCUUGGUGAUCUCAUCGUCUUCAGGGAAUGGCUUGUUUGGAAAUGAUGGAGUGGAAGUUCGUACUUGCACUGCGCUUGGGGGCAGAUGUUUCUUCGGCUGUAGAGUAGGUUGGAAAUGGGUUGCCUACUGUCACAGUGUAUUGUCUUGUUGCCUAAAACUGAAGAGACAUACUCCCCCUCAGGUCUAUGAAACAUGA